UGACUUACGGGAGAAAAGCAAUAUGGCGGACGAGUGAUGCUGUCUAGUGCAUUUUCCACAUGUGGAUCAACUUUCCUUGAGUCGCUGGAGGGCUGAGGUUCGAUAGGGAUGACUUCUAUUAUCAAGUUGUCAGUUUUGUCUGGAGCGUAUGAUGAAGGGCCUCUUUGUUACCUUCUUCAAGUCGACGAGUUCAGAUUCCUUCUUGACUGUGGUUGGAACGAGUCAUUCAACGCAGAGAUCAUAGAACCUAUAAAGAAGUAAGUGUAUGGUAAACUUUUGCCUGGAAUCAACAAUUAACUUUGGUUUCUUUUGGGUAGGAGUACUAAACCUGCGUUGAAGAGAGUUUUGUGGAGGGGCUUACACCUCUACUCAGAGUAAUGGUCGUCGUUGGACAGCAUUUACACGCAUGUAUCGCUAGCGUGCAUGACACUUUCAGAUUAAUGAGUCGCUUGUUUUGAGAAUUUUAUUUAUAUCUUGAAUAUUUUACCAUAGGUACAUACAUCAAAUAGAUGCUGUACUGAUCACAUUUCCUGACAUAUACCACAUGGGUGCACUGCCAUACUUGGUGGGUAAAUGUGGUCUUCACUGUCCAAUCUAUGCCACAAUUCCUGUGUACAAGAUGGGUCAGAUGUUUAUGUAUGACCUAUAUCAGGUAUGUGCAAGUUUCAGACUCUGACUAUCACUUUCAAAAUAAAUGGCUUGAUUUACAUGUAUCUCUCAAAUAGCAUACAGGUAAAAUUACGUGUAUCUUUAAUUUGGGUUGUGGUAAUUUGUGGUGGUGAAGUACAAUGAUUGAAAAAUAUAAUAGUUUGUCACCCAGUGUGACAGUUCUGAUGUAGAUCAUGUCUUCCUUACUACAUGUUGCUACUUGAAGCCUUCUCCAGAUAAUGAGGCUGACUAGAAAGUUUUAAAUCUCAUGAGUAACCAUGACAGAAUUUCUUGUCUUAACAUCACUACAAUAUCAAAAAGGGAAAUGAUGAAAUGAUGAGAAUAAAGGAAAAUAUCAAUUGGGGGAUUAUUAGUUGAUCCAAUACCAAAUUCACCAAACUAACAUAAUAAGAAUUGUAUGGCUGACAGUAAAGAGAGUUAGUUAUGAAGUCAAGGGAAUAAAUGGGUUAAGACUUAUGGUAGUAUGGUAGAGCUCCUUAAAGCCAAAGUAAUGCAGCUUGACACUCAUUACAACAUUCUGCAAUAAUUGAGAUUUUCCUCCUUCUCUUUACUGUUUUAUCCAGCUAUAUUGGGCAGUGAGGCCUUUUUCAGCAAUUUCUUGUGGUUCCCAAAACAAUUUAUCAACUCACUAUUUUUAGAUGAUACAGUAUCUUUUGUGAUUUACUUGCUAUCAUUUGAACAGUUAAUGACAAAUUGCUGAACAUUUUGUCUUUCAGUCACAUCAAAACUAUGAAGAAUUUGAUGUAUUUAGCCUGGAUGAUGUAGAUGCUGCCUUUGAUAAAAUCAUUCAGCUUAAGUACUCUCAAAAUGUCAGCUUGAAAGGUCAGGAUAUAUAUAUUUUUUUCAUAACAAGCACCUACUGAUUUCUUUUGUUAUUGUUUUUUGUUUCUGUUGGAAAUUUACUAUAAGGUGAUAUUCAAUAAGAUUUAUGAAAAUGCUGAAAUAACUACAGAAUUACUAAGUUCUGUUUUGAAAUUUGCAAAAAAGAACUAUUUUCAAUUAGUUCUAAAUCAUUGACUAUUUUCUGAGAUAUUCAGAACAAAAAGUAAUUUGAAGAAAGUACAAGGCAGGCACAUUUAUGAAUGGUAAUUCCAAAUUGAUAAUAAAUUUAUGAAUAACAUCUAUACCUCGUAAUUCUUAUCGUAUUUUGUUGUAACAAUUUUUGUGUCACUUGGAGGUAGGUGAAUUGUCUUGCUAAGGAUUGUUGUUCCUUUUCGUAGUAUUACUACCCUUGUGGUGAAAUUAGAGGGUUCCAGUUUUCUCUUGAAGAGUUUCAGAUUUUAUGUAGACAAACAUGUAUUUGAGAGAGCUGAAAUUCUAGUCAGUCAUUUUUUUUGAGUUCUAUUAUUUUUUGAAAAAUUUUGCAAGUAAAGGCCAUGGUUUGACCAUAACGCCUUAUGCAGCUGGUCAUAUGAUUGGUGGAACCAUGUGGAAAAUUGUGAAAGAUGGUGAGGAGGACAUAAUUUAUGCUGUUGACUACAAUCACAAGAAAGAAAGGUUGGUGACAGUGAUCAUACCAGUAACCUGUUAUUUGCUUGACAGAGCAUGUAUUUCACCUGAGUUGCUUGCUUAUGGUCUACAUGCAUCUGUUCAGAUCAUGUCAGUGGAUCUAGUUUCUUGCCAACAAAGUUCACAAAAAAUCAUUUCAAGUUGUUUAUAAGGCUUAAGUAUCGGAUCUGUAUUUGACAUUGAUUCCAUUCUCUCAUGAUUACCCAAUGAGAUUCCUGGGACAUUUAUUGAUUUCUGAAAGGUACAUUGUACAGAAGUAUAGAUGAGACAGCUAACCAUGAGAAAGGAAAAUACACUAUUUGAUCUCACAAUUGACUAAAGAAGGAGUACAGUACAUGUUAAAUAAGUAUGUGCCUUUUUACAGUAUGUGACCAGUGUUCAAGUUUCAGCAACCACUGGCUGCUAAGCUCCUUCACUUGUGAGCAUGGCUAAAAUUACAGUAUUAAGCUUACCCAAUUUGAUAGAGUUUUGUAGCUUAGCUGGUUGGUUUUUUCUUAUCUUGUGUUUCCUUCAAUUUGAACACACAGUAAGUUAAAUUUGUACCAAAAUUUGACCUUGAAAUGUACUUUUCUUAAGAAAAAAAUCAAACAAAGGUUUUAUGUGAAUUACUGCCAAGUGCCUGUUACAAUGUGGGCUAGAAAACCUGAAUUUUAGAGAGUGGUCCCUGAAUUAUCUCUUGAUUAUAGCAUUGUAAGUGAUUAUGAGCUGGGCUUUCCCUCGCCAGGCAUUUGAAUGGAGCUGUUUUGGAAACCCUUAGCAGACCAUCGUUGCUUAUUACAGACAGCUACAAUGCACUUAACGUACAAACUAGAAGAAGAGAGAGAGACACCCAGCUAAUGAGUAAGAACUAACAAUGAACAUAAGAAACAAAAUGUCAGGAUGAAUUCUUAAGUGGUUAAAUAAUUAUUACUUUUUGCUUUCAGUUAUAUCUGCAAAUCAAUGGUAUAAUCAUGUGUAAUAUCCAUGUACAUGUACAUUGUAUAAAAAGGAAUACACUGACUUGCAUAUACCAAAAAGUUGUACAAUAAAAGUUUUAACCCAUACCAUACAUUAGUCAUGAUUGUCUUAUAUCUGUUCAAAACCACAUGCAAUGUUUAUAGGGCAUUGUGGGUAAUAAGUGGUUUAGUCUUUGGAACAGAGGUUAAAUCUUGCUUUUACCUUUGUAUUUACAAUACAGGACACAGACUAAAAUACUGUAGCUUAUAUAAUUAUACUGUAUUAUUCUAUCCAUCUGUCUUUUUGCUUAAUUUUCUCUGCUUAACAAAGAUGAGAUCCUCACUACAGCUAGAAGAGAUGGUAAUGUACUCAUUGUUGUGGAUACAGCUGGAAGAGUUUUGGAACUAUCUCAACUGUUGGUAAGUUGUUGAUACCAUGGUACAUGUUUAUCUUUCUGCAAGGCAUAUUUCUCUUGUUGUUCCUUAAAUUGGAACUCAACACCAGAACUGUAUACAGGUAUGAAUAACUUACCUAACCCAAAUGGAUAAUAAAACCAGCUAAUGGUUUCAGUCUACAAUACAGAUGAAGGGGAGGAAAAGGGAGAUCUUUGGAAGUUGACACUCUAGUAGAUGGUAUGCUUAUUAAGGAAGUGGGACUUACUAAGAAUUUUGGGCAAGGAUAGAAUAGCCUCUCAAAAGUGUUUUCUUUUUCAUUGUAUAGGAUCAGUUAUGGCGGAACUCUGAUUCAGGUUUAUCAGCCUACUCUCUUGCGAUGUUGAAUAAUGUCAGCUACAAUGUUGUUGAGUUUGCCAAGUCACAAGUGAGUAUUUUUAGUAUAGUCAACUCCCAAUAACUUGAACCCUUGCUAACUCGAAUGUCAUACUAACUCAAACCAAAAUUUAUUUCCUCUGGAAUUCUGUCUUACAUUUACUGCAGUUUUACCCUUGAUAACUCAAACUCCCGAUAAUUUGAACUUUUUUUCAAUUCCCCUUGAAGGUUUGAGAUAUCAAGAGUCUACUUUAAAUACUUUUUCUCUUAGGGUAUCAUGGCCAAAUUAUGAAACUUUUACUUUCUAACAUAAUUUCAUUGGAUUUGGUCGAUUUCUGUUGAGUCAGUAGUAUGCAUAGAACAGUAAAAACUAAAGGGAUGUUCUCCUCUCUUUUCAGGUGGAAUGGAUGAGUGACAAAGUUAUGAAAUCAUUUGAAGUUGGCAGGAUGAACCCUUACCACUUUAGGUUUGUAUCAAAUGAGUAGGCUAGGAUUUCGUAGCAAGGUCUAAAAUUAGCUGGUCACAAUCAGUCCUUGUAUAAUGGGUGUGAAAAUCUCUGCUCUGUUCUGUAGACAUUAUUGGUUCAAAGGAAUCUCAAUUUCCCAAAUACCCCUCAAAAGAGAGUUCUUUGAGAGUAUCGGUCAGACUUUCCCCUUUCAUAUGGACCUAGGUGUCAAGAAUGGAUAGUUUCUCUGGUUUUUGGUACUUAAAUGCAUAUUUAUUUUAAUAUUGUAUUGUGGCAUUCAUUAGUCAUUAAGCUAAGUCAGAUAGUACAUGUAUAUUUUUAAUGGGAGUUUGAGACACGGCCUUCCCCAAGAGUGGCCAGUGGGAAGUAACCCUGCUCUUGGUUUUUUAGUAAUGAAUAUGAUCGUGUUUUCCUGGCAGUGAGUUGGUAAAUGAUUUGCCCUAAACUUCAUAUUUUGCCUUCUUAAAUUUUUGUAAAACGAUAGCAAAACCAUACAUUUUGGUUUAAGACGUUGUUUUCACUCGCCUUCUGUUAAAAGAUAAGAGAUAUGAUAAGAGGUCCCUUUCUUGUAGAUACUGCACGUUGUGUCAUUAUAUGUCAGACUUGGACAAAAUCCCUGAACCAAGGGUUGUUUUAGCAUCAGUAGCAGAUUUGACAUGUGGCUUCUCACGAGAACUUUUCAUAAAAUGGGCUGAGAACCCCAAAAAUACAGUCGUAUUUACCAGUCGAGCUUCGCCUGGUGCACUGGCUCGCACUUUGAUUGACAACUUACAGCAGAAGAUCAUCGAUAUAGAGGUGCAUUGAGUUAUUGUAAAAUAAGAAAUAUGAAAGAAAGUAUAAGAAAAUUUAGGUUACACUGUUGAUGAAACAGAGAACAUCGGAUUCAAGUUGAGAAUUGAAUGUGUUCUCUUCUUUUGCUCACCGCAACAAUUGACUGAUUACUUUUCGAGGCAAAAAUCACUUUUCGUUAUUUUGGUGUGUGUGUGUUUUUCUCUCUUGUUAUUGAUGUUUUUCUUUUUCGGCUGGAAAUGAACCAUUAAUCCUUUAACCCACAUAACUUAUCUUCAAAAUAUGAAUUCACUAACAAGCACAAAGGUGACGAGAAUAGAUAAAUACGUCAUCUAAACACCAAACUAAUUAAUUUGAUGCCAGUAACAAAUGAGUCUUCAAGUGUGAUAGAUGUUUACGCGGAUAAUUAUUUCCCUUGUGUCAAGGUGAAAUCAAGAGUCAAAUUGGAAGGAGAAGAAUUAGAGAGAUAUCUGGAGAAGGAAAAGGAGAAAGAGAAAAACAAACCCACAUCUGAUGCGGUGGACAGAAGGUAACUGAACAGAUCAAGUCAUGUUGUUUAGUUGCCGUUUUCUUGCGUCAUUAACAAGAAUUCUGUGUUCCGUUGGAAUUCGUAUAAACUGUCCUGGUUUCUAUCUUCAGUCAUCGCGUCACGGCCGAAGAGAGUGAUAGUGACAGUGAUGAGGAUUUGGAUGGAGGUGUGAGGCAUGAUCUCAUGAUGACAGACGAAAAGGUAAAAAAAAAAGAUUACAAACACAGUGGGGAAAAUAGUUAUAUAUGUGUCGUCUCAUCCUUUCUGCGUUUAAUACCGUUAAAUAUUUGAGGUCCAUUAAAAAUGCAAGACUUGAACUUGGCGAAAAUCCAAUCUUGCUGAAGCUUGGUCAAAAUAGUAUUCGUUAUUAAGCAAAAAGACUACAACGAAGAAUUAAUAACUUGAGUCAUGUAUUCCAGUUCUUCCUUUGUUAAUGUUCUUAGACGAGUGUGUGACUCUAUUUUUCUUUGCGGUUACAAAGCUCUCUCUUCUCUUUGCUGCAUCAAUGCAGGCAGUCGUGCCCAAUCAAAACACAGGAUUCGACUCGUAUUCCUCGCUUACAGAGCUUAGCCAUGCAAUAAGUAUUGUUUAACCAGGUUAAAAGGGAUAUGUUGGUUCAACGUCCAGAGUGCUAGUAUCUGGAUCAAGAGAUGCAGGGUUUUUAGCGCUAGACAAGGAGGUUUUCUCUUACGUGGCUUCUCUCCCCUUUCAUUGAAUGAAAUAAAUAUACUCGAAGGAUGGAAGAAUCUGUUAUAGACUGGUAUUCCAGCACUCUUGGUCGCCUCAGGCUUCAGUGUUCGAGCUCCUGCAGUUGUUCGUUUUGUUUACCUCUAAGCGAUUGAAUUUUGCUCGGACAUAAAAUGGGUACAAACCUAUCGCUACAGCUGUACAUCUGUUUUUCUUUAUUUAGGGAGGCCGCAAGAGCAGCUUCUUCAAACAAGCUAGAUCAUAUCCUAUGUUCCCUUGCCACGAAGAGAAAAUCAAAUGGGACGAUUAUGGAGAGUUUAUUAAGUGAGUCAACACUCGAACGUUCCCUGCUGCGUUGCUGCAUUUAAAAAAAUCCCUCUUUGAAGCCAGAUUGCUAGAAAAUCUUACUGUGGGAUGCUACUUUAUAUAUUUUCGGAAAUACUUAAGUGCAGAUUUUUUCCUGUUACUAAAUGUCUUUUAGAGUAGUUUUUUUAAGGCUAAGACAUUGUUCGUUUGUAAGUAUUCAACAUGACCAUACAAGUUGGGAAGGUCUCGUGGCGUGAAGUUGCGUAUCUUUUUGUGACCGUUUUUCGUUGUGUGAUUAAAACAGGCCUGAGGAUUUCAUGAUCAAAGAACUGGCAGCAGCAGAAGAAGAAAAGGCCAAAGUGGUGAGAAAAGUGAUUCUUUUUGUGGGAGGAGGAAUAAAGCUUUGUCCUGAUAGAUGUUAAUCUUUAAGCCCAGUAUCUUUCUCGUUCCACAUCAAUCUAAGAAAGCUAUCUCUCCUUUGUCAAAUUGUACAUCUUCCCCUCUGUAAUAAGAUAAAAGACAUAUCCCCAACUCCUGCUUUGCUCUCAAGAGAAUCUCUUUUCGUUUGUAAUCGUUCUGCGGCCAUAGUUAUCUUUAAAUCUUUUUGUUUUCCUACUUUAUUUCUGGCGUUUGUGUAACCUUCGAGCACGCUCGCAAUUUGGGAAGGGACCUUUAAGCGGAAAGUGAGAUAAGAUGCAAGACAUUGAAACGUAUCCCGCGCGAUUCACGGAUGGAGAGCUUAAUUGCAGCCUUGACUUGAUAAAGCCAGAUAAACGAGUUUGUUAUCCCGAAAUUUUUUUUGGCGUAUUUGAGGUGCUGAUGUAUUGAUUUGAUUCCCGUUAGUAGCAUUGUUUUGUAGCGUAUGCUCGAGUUACAAACUGAAAAAACAUCAUCUUUCACUUUUUUUAUCUGUUCUCCUAUGUGAAGGAAGUUUGAUCCGUUCCCAGUAAAUUCUUCAAAAUAUCAAGACACUUCAAAAGAUUUUCAGAAGUUUGAUUCUCAUUUUGUCUUCAACUUAACAGGAGCAGAAUAAAAAGGAAACCUUAGACACGGAAGCUAUUGCAGGGCAGGGUAAGUUAAAGUAAAUGGUUCAAAGACUCCACUCCUUAGUAGCAUGCGAUUCUUUGGGUAAAACACGGUCUCCUUUGUAGCUGUUAUUCUUUCGCGUCACGUAUCAUGUUCUCUGAAGGAUUGCGUGACGAUACCAGACAUUAACUGCCGAAGAGACUGUAACGCCAUGAGACCUUUCACUUAAACAAGUUCUUAGUAUGCAGGGAGGUUGCCCUAAAAAGUUGGGCCAUUUGAUUUCUCUUGUAGCUAACUUAUUGGUAGGGUAUUGCAUUUAAGAUUCCAGGAAGAGCAACUUACUGGUUUUUCUUUCAGGUGAAAUGUCAAAAGUGCCAACAAAAUGUGUGGUGGAAAGGAAGCAGCUUAACAUCAGGUGAGAUCAAACUAUCAGAAUAACAACGUGUUUUCUAAGACAAAUUUAACAUAUUGUAUUAUAGAUAAAGCUACUUCGGAUUUUGGAGAAAUUAUUGUUGCGAAUAUGUAGCAAUGUUAAUUGCCCAGUCAAACGGCAACAAGAGAACAAUCCAAUGAUUUGAAUCGAAUGCCCGUUAACUUGUCUCAUGCUCGUUACAAGACGAAUAAAACAUCUUUCUCUGUUCCAUUUCCGAGCUCAUUUUUUGUGUUUUGUUUUAAUUUUUUCUAUUUUUCAGCCAAUUUGUAGUCCAGCAUAUUUCUUGUUCUUAUAUUAAAUCAAUAAACGUUUUGUUUUUUAACGUGUUUUAAUGUUAGUUAUUCAUUCCUACUUUCUUCAUCUCAAUGAAUGCGUCUCUUGUUUUAGAUGUUCAAUGGUAUAUAUCGAUUUCGAAGGAAGGUCAGAUGGAGAAUCCAUCAAGAGAAUUCUCUCCCUUGUUAAUCCAAGGAAUCUUGUAAGUCUGUAUUUUGUGCAAUGUAGUUGGAAAUUUUUGAGGCAAUUAUUUGCAUCCUGUAAUGUUCCCCAUUUUCUCGCGCCCUCUCCGCUCCUCCGUGAAUCAAUGUUUUCGCCUUCUAAUUGUAAUAAAGUCGGCAAUAUGGAAUGUUGGGAAGGAGGCGGUUACAAAAUUAACUGUGGAGUUAAGUAACGUUUUGUUCUCCAACAAACGAUCUUUUUUGUUGCCUCAUCCAUUGGAAAAUUCAUCCAUUAAUCGAGUGACAGACACUAAAAUGGACUAGUAUCCCAUACGAGGGGAGUCCUACUCGCUUGAUGCAACUUAAAGCUGGAUAAGCUCAGGCCGUUAUUUACCUUUUCACCAAUUUUUUGGCUUCUAUUCAUUUGCUCAUGUGUUUCCUUUUUCACAGAUUCUCGUGCACGGUGUUGCAGAUGCUACAGAACACUUGGCGGAAUACUGUCGGCAGAACAGCAGCAUUCAGGUGAACCAGGUUUUUACUCCGCGAUGUGGUGAUACUGUGGAUUCCACGGGAGAAAGAUACAUUUACCAAGUGAGUGAUCAAGAAUAAGCUUGUUUCUGUCGUCCCAUUCUUCGCGCCAGAAGCCUUGGAUCAUCAUUUUCUGGUGGAAAAAAAAUAGCAAUUAAGGGGGAAAUACUUGCUUGUGUUAACUUGGCCAAAGUUACAGAUGAAACCUCAGUGUUUCUAUUCAACAGAAAGCUACUGAGAGCAAACAUGCGUGACAUGCUACUCCCUUUUACUCCGUUAAAGUCAUCUACAUGCAUGCGACACGUUAAAAUAAGUUUAGGAAUCAGUCUUUCAUUUGGUUAACCCUUAGGUGAAAUUGCGAGACGCCCUGGUGAGUUCGUUGCAAUUUUCCUGCGCGCGUGACGCAGAACUCGCCUGGGUGGACGGACAGCUACACAUGAACGCGUCCGAGUCGCACAUGGGACUGGUUUUGGAAGACGGAGAGUUGCGAGACGAGGAUGAAGGUCACGAGAAAAUGGAAACUGAUCAGAGCGGAAAGGAGGAACCAGCAGAUACAGUCCCAGUCUUGGAGCAACUACCGACAUCUUCGGUUAGGUUUUAACACAAUCUUAUCGAAUUCUUGCUCAAGUACUGUCAAAAAAGAAGAUUAGUUUAUAUAUCAGCACUCUUUUCACAUACGAGACAAUUGAUUGAAUGCUGGUUGGUGCAGACAAUUUUGAUGUCGAAAGAGCAUGUUAACUUGAUCCUGAUUGAGCGCUCGUCGUAUGUAGCGAAAACUUUGAAAAUACACGUGAAAUUAAUCAAACACAAACCUUACGUUCACAAUUUUCAACAAUUUAAAUCCGUGCACGUUUAUCAAUCCAAAAGAAAAUGAACGUGAUUUACUCAAAUUUAUCAUUUGUAAAGGUUUUUCGCCAUUUCUAGCCAUGUUCGCUCGUUUUUUUUCCCUCAUUUCGUUAGCGUGUGUCUUCCUUAGCGAGUCCUUAUUGCAAAGUUUCAUUUUGUGAAAUGCAAAAGUAAUAUAGUCCAAAUAGAUAAUAUACCGAAACUCCCCAACCCUCCGCCUAUCAAAAACUUCAAACCUUUCGUCUAUUCUCCCCACAGAUUACGGGACACACCUCUGUGUAUAUAAACGAGCCUCGCCUGUCAGAUUUCAAGCAAGUGUUGAACAAAGCCGGUAUUCAAGCGGAAUUUGCUGGAGGCGUUCUUAUCUGCAACAAUGUUGUAGCUGUAAGAAGGGUGAGAAAAAGAUCAGUUUAAUGUCUCUUUAAGUUCAAACUCACCGUUGAAACGUUUUGAAGGCGUCCUCUUGAGUGUAAUUUUACAAGUUCUACCUCUCCGCACAACUGGUUGAUCAUUCAGCUUUAGCGGCUUGUAUCUAUUCCCUAACACUAUGAAUUUUCUUGCUUCUCAUGUCUAUGUUUUUUGGUCUUUCUCAGAACGAGACUGGCCGCGUGGGCUUGGAAGGAGCCGUGUGUGACGACUAUUACAAGAUCCGGGAGCUUCUGUAUGAACAGUACGCUGUGGUGUGAACGGUGUUAGUAUUGCAUGGUCUGGUGAUAAAAGACAAACAUUGGUCUCGAAAGGUUCGCAAGAUUUUGUAAAGUAGACCUUUUUACAGUUCCCGGCGCCAUCUUGGCUAAGUAACCGCGCGCACACAAUAACGAGGCUGGGAUUGACCCGGCGGUUCUUUCAAACGGCUGAGCUGCUGACAUUUCGCGUUCGAAUGCACUUUUUAAUGCGAGUUCUCCCUUCAAAAUGGUUCUUAAAUACAACGAUAUGGAAAUUUCGGUAUUAAAUGACAUCUAGAAACUCAAAACAAAAGAUCUUAAGGAGAUUUUAAAGUUUAAUUUAGAAUCGAUGGGCGGAAUGAUAGCUGACAAUUCAGCUUUCAAUCAGUCUCAGAUAAUAGACAGAUCGAUCCACAGGAAGUACCCUCUACUGACAAUUAUGACACUGCAACGUACAGGGUUAAGGUAUUGUAGACGAAUAUGUUGCAAACUUAACAGCCACCAUUGAAGAGAUUCUCGAAACUGAAAGGAUCACAAGGGUUAAGAGCACAACCGCUUGUGGCUUCAGUUGUAAAACGAAAAUCGCUUCUAAUAACUUCAAAUUUCGGCAAGGCACUGUUAAUUUGAUAUCAUCCAGAACUGAGUGGGACUUGUUAGUGAGGGGAUCGAUUGUGGUAGUGUAGACACAUUAUGAGCUCUGCAGGAUUGGCGACGGUGAGAAUGACAGUAACGAUCAUGAAGAUUAGGUUGCUAACUCUAUCAGCAAAUACAAGCAACACCUCGACCAUCAAGGCGACUGUCAUGCACCAUUGAUGCGAGGGUGAGGGGAUCGAUUGUGGUAGUGUAGACACAUUAUGAGCUCUGCAGGAUUGGCGACGGUGAGAAUGACAGUAACGAUCAUGAAGAUUAGGUUGCUAACUCUAUCAGCAAAUACAAGCAACACCUCGACCAUCAAGGCGACUGUCAUGCACCAUUGAUGCCAAUGAAAGGACAACUGAUGGUGUAAUAAAGGAAAGAUUUCCAUUUCUCUGAAAAGCUAGGGAAAUGUAUACUCUGUUAUUUACCGAUCAUGUUAAAUGGUCUUUUAGACAGCAGGCCCCGGUUGUUUGAACGGUGGAUAACGCUAUCCACUGAUUAAAUCUCCUUUCGGUGGAUAGCACAGUAUUUUUUUGUUCACACUUAUUUGCUGGAUUACGAUUUAACAGUUGGUUAGCCUUAUCCUCCUCUUGAACAACUGAACCCUGAGCGUCAGAUGAACCUUUUAAAAUUAAAAGCAAUGGCUAAUUCUUUGCAUUGACUACCAAACUCUGUGAAUUUUUUUCGUAGUUGUGAUAAUAAGAUCUGUUAAAUAGUCCCAGUUCAUGGUCACAGAUUCCUCCUUCUUUAUUAAUAGUUUAUUUUAUGGCUCUAUUUUGUAGUGACACAUUAUAUCUUCAACAGUGGUCGGAUGAAUAAAAGCGAUUUCAUAUUGCUAUAGUAGAUCUUUGCGAUGUAGAAUUGUUUAUCAGUACCCGUGACAGCUGCACAAUUAAUCCCAUAACUUAAAUUUACACUCUACAAAAAACUUGGAGAGUCAUUUAAGAUUUAGUACACUUUUCUAAGCACUUGAGGAAGACAGCGUCCACCGCGCUAUGUUUGAUCCCUUUGGCGUUUGCCUCCAAACAAACCUAACCUCGAAGCUCAGUGAAAAAUAUACGAAACAAUAAUGAUUCAAAACCUGAGCGUGAGUUCAGUGUCAGAGCGAUCUGACGGUGCUUCCUACAACAUAUAUAAUGUUCAACUGUUCCGAAAUUCAUACAGUUUGACUAGUACCGGUAGUAUUAUUUCGCUUCACUUAGGGUUAGAAAGCUAUGUGAUUUAAAGUGAAGUAAUUGUUUAGACCAGUUCUAAGUGUCUUCGGAAAGCUUCAGUUAUAGUUGGCAAGUUUCAAAUUACUUGCUGCAAUCUUAUUUUUGCAUCAUGAAAUAUAAUUUUUAUUUCUACCACAAGAUUUUCGAAGUUCGAAGCACUGUUAUUGUACUUUGCCUUCGAAUAAUACAUCGGCGUGGCGUUCUAUGAGUAUUUUCACCCUUACACUGAGAAGGAAAUUUUCAUGGGGUUGAACAUACAAUUCCCCAUGGCCAAGGCUGGAAUUGAGAACAAAAAAUUCUACCGUCUGGCACAAAAGACAAACAAACUUUGUACCAGAAGUACUUCAAGGGAUAACGAAAGAGAAUUAUUUUUUGUAUAUUUUGAAAACAUUCCUGUCGUUAUGUUAAUUUAAAAAGAUUGGUCGAAACAGUUUUUUCAUCAUAGCAUACACGCCGAGUCAUUAUGAAUAGAUAUCUCACGAAAGGCGCAAUUCACGAAAUGCAAAAGAAAGUAUUUCCUCAACAUUAUUGAAUAUUUCACUUCUUAGUACAGAAAAUGCACUUUGAUGUCAUGUCCUACUAGAUCUUUUUACAGUCAUCUUUUCAAGAUUUCACUUUCUUUUUUGUGAUUGUAAAAGGAAAAGAACAAUUAUUUUGUGAUUUGAUGAAGUUAUUGAAGUUUCGCAGCUGGUACACCAACUGCUUCCCACGCAAGCGUUUCGUUUCUUUGAACCUUCCCAAAUGUUGAUUUUAUUUGUCGAUAAAUUUAAAAAUACUGCCGUUAUUGCUCACUGUGUUUGCCACAUAAUGGCUUGCUGUGCAGCUCAUGACGUGGCACACACGUUUAUCAAAUAUAUCAAAUUUUCAAAUUUGCUUGUCAAAUUAUGAAAUUUCCGAGUUAUGACUUGUGAUAUUUUUCAUGUUGAGCGAUUUGUUUUCAUCAGAAAAUAACCCCUUAAUUGAUCCUGUCAUUUUUCCUCCCUACUGAUCGCUUCUCAAUGUAAUCAUAAGGAAUCGAGAAAGUAUUCGUUGGUCACAAGCGAAAAUUUCAAAUAGACAUUUCCAUUUUGCGGGAAGGCGGGACUUACGUUGUCAAACGUACUGAACUAACAGCGCCGUUUUCAUUUAAACUCUUUAUUAGUUAGAAAUCAUAUUUACUUGAGGAGGGAUUUGUAAAAACAACAUUAGCAUUCUGUCAUCUGUCUUCACUCGAGAAACCCCUCUUUCCUAGCCUGUAGCUUACUUAGCAAGGCUUGAUUGAGGUAUCACGAAGUUGUAUUCAGGAUUCGUUUGGGUAGAAGGUACAUGAUUUGCCCUUUAUUCAAGAUAUUUUUUUAAAGUUAACAAUUGAUAAUGUAAGCUAAUUUUUGACAAGUGAUACCAGUGAUUUUUCCUUGACAUCGAGAUCGUGUCUUUCAAUGGUCUACCACGAUAUUCUUAAUCAGUUCUUCAGAAUUAUAACACAAUCUGAUUUGAGCUAACAGCAGGGAAGAAAUCUUGUGACUUGACCCGCAAGAGAUCAAAUCACCGCAUGAAAAGGACAAAUGUAUCUCUGCCUUUGAGCCAGCUGAUAAAACUUGUCAGAAAUAGUGUUGACCUUCCAACAAAACCUUUGCAUGACACAAAAUCCCCGCAUUCCUGGAGCAUAAAACAAUAGCCUGGCUUCACUGGGACCCUGGACAAUUACUCGUUAAAAAGUCUAUUUCUCGCUGAAUAUAUUUCCGAGUUUUAACAUAGGAUCAAGGUGUACGAAACUUUCAUUCAAUUUGUAAGAUUGGUCAUAACAACUACGACUAUCUGUGAAGCGGCUAUCACGGUGAGCGGGCAGGGGCGAAUAUCUCACGAAAGGUAAAACGUUGUACAAAUCAUACUCUGUGAUAAUAAAUAAGGUGUUUAGCUUUAAGAAUAUGCUGAGUUGGGAUUUCUUAAGUUCAGAUUUCAGCUAAGCUAGCUCUUAGCUACUAUCAUCCAAGACGUAUAUGUAAAAAAUAGGCUCAUUUCAAAUUUUCGGCCAACCUUGCUUCAACAACAAAUUAAACGAACUCUCCUUUGGAGAGACCUCCGAAGAAACCUUCAGGUUGAACUUUUUGAAACUGAAUCCAAAAGAGUGGAUAUCUUUCUGCUUUUACAAAAAAAGACCUUAAUGUGAUUGACUAAAUAACGAUAUGUUUUCUGCCAAAAUCACAUUUUGAAUUUUAUAACAACAGUUGAGUUGUUUGAGUGGUUAAAUAUCGCUAUAAUCCACAACCUAUCUAGGAUGUAGACGCUUCAAAUUACAUGGAAGUGCUCGUUUCAAACUGUUCAUUCACUUCUAAGUAAAUCAGUUUUAAUUUAUGCCUUAGCAUUAUCGAAGAAGUCACACUGGAAUACAUUAAUGCCAACUUGGGACAUAAAACACCAAAUUUCGUGCCAAGGGUGAAGCUUCGGCCGAGUUAAACAAAUAAUCAAUGUCGAUAUGAAAAUUUAUGAAGAAACAGCGAGAAAUGUUUAUCAUCGUGGCACUUUUAUCAAGAUUACACAAACAGCGUUAAAGAUAAAAUGUUAAAAAUCAUUCUUGACAGAUCUAUGUUAGUCAAAAUGAUUGAUUUUCUCAAGUUAAAAAAAAAUUGCAUUUCCGUUUUAAUUUUACUUUAGUUCGAAUCGACCAGCAGUCUCCGGGAGAUGAGUUCCGUGCAAAUAAUCCAUGUCCUGCAGGGCUGAUAUCACUUAUACUCAUAUUUUUAGGUUUACCUCAAAGAGUGAUAUGUUUUUCAUUUUAAAGAGUGGCUAUGUUUUUGAUAUAUCAAUCAAAACCUUUCCACGCAAUAUGAGAUGUACUUCGCUGAAAACCAGACAGUCUUUUCAAAUUCUUGGCAAAUACUCAAAUUUGUCAUCUUUGCUAAUAUGUUAACCCACACGACGAUAUCGACGCUUUUGAUACUAGGAUUAUAUAUGAUACAUGUUAUAUAUGAGCCAAGGAAUGGCCGAACUCAUCUCAAAGUCUGUGGCUCUGUGUUAGAUCAUCGGAGUCACGAAAUCUGAAAAGUCGAAGGCUCGAUCCUUCGAGGUGGAUUUAGAUAAAUUCGUUGUCUCACACUCGCGACAAAGUGGUUGAUAUAUUCUUAGCCUCGCUCUACGGCCAGUUGAAGGAGCCUAGUCAACAAUUCGAUAUUGUACCAGGAAUGCUGCCAUUUUUAUUACCAUUAUCUUUUGUAGUUUUCUUCUUUUUUGCGGUUUGUUGGGUGUACCCUUGCAGGUGUAUCCUGACAACGACCCAAAUUGUUGCGUUUCGUUAUAAAUAUUGUCAGUUCUUUAUUUUAAUUUACUAUUUCACUGAUUCGUGACGAUUAUCGAAAGAUUGUUUAAAUGAUUUCCCGUCUAGGCGUGGUUGCCUAAGAUCCUUUCAGGGGCAAUUGAAUUAGCUCGAAUGCUGCCAGAUAGCCCCCUUCCGUGGGUGCCUAUGCUGUUUCUACAACUACUAAGCGGCUAACUCGAGUUGCCAAAUAUAUUAACUAACUUUGCAAUCUUUAUUUAAACUUUUUUCUUUAGUGAGAAAUUAUAUUUACAUGCAGAGGGACUUGUAAAAAAAAAACACUAGCAUUCUGUCAUUUGUAUUUAUUUGAGAUACUCUGCUUUCCACGCCGGCAGCUCACUUAAAAAGAUUUGCAUAGAGAAUAACAAAGUUAUACUCAUACAAUGUGAUUUUUUUCCUCUUUUUUUUACUCUCUUUUUGAGAUGUAACAAUUAAAACUGUAAACUAAUUUGCGAUGCAUGAUAACAGUGGUUUUCCUUGGCAACGAGAAUUAUGUCCUCUAGUUACUCCCACAAUAUUCUUUAUCAGUUUUUUAGAAUCAUUUCACAAACUGAAUUGAAAUAACAGCAGGAAAUAUGUCUUGUAAUUGGGAUCGAAAAAUAUCAAGUAACUUUAAGGUUUUCUUUUUACAUAAAAUACUUGAAUAUCUUCUUUCAAGCCAGCUGAAAAAACUUGUCACAAAUCGUGUUGACUUUAAUUGAAAUAAUCACUUUCUAAGACACAAAAUCCCUGCAACCAAAAAUGAAACAAUAACUUGGCUUGACUGAGACUCCAAACAAUUAUUUGUAAAGAUUUCUAUUUCACUUAAAAUAUUUCCGGACAUAGCGACGAUAAUUGCUUUUUCUGAAGGCCUUUAAUUUAGAUUAGUCGUGAUAACUUCCAAGAUUUGAUACCGCGGUCUAAACACUGAGUAAAUACGAGCAGAUAUCUCAUGAAAGGUAAGAUGUAGCAUGUAAUAAUCGAAUACCAAAAUACCAGCUCAGCUUAAUCUUACUCCGGGUCUUAAUUUAAAAGCGAACCAUACCUCUUUUUGAAAGAUGACCGUGCUAACCUCACAACUGGAAAUUUACAACUUAGAGGUAGAUAGCCUGAAGAGAGAGACCUAUACAUACUUGAUAAAACAAGGAUAUUUUUCUUCUAAACUCGCUUUCGAAUUUUCCACAAACCGUUGAGUCAUGUCGGCGACGAGAUAUCUGUAUAACCCACAAAAUACAGAUCUAGAUAUUACGAAAGUACAUAUCAUGAUCGGGGACAGCGUGCCCUACAACUUGACCUUUAUCAUAUUUAUUUAUGAGUGGAUUUUAACUAGUCCAUUCGCGUUGUUGAAAAAGUUUCUUGGGAAAAUUCCAACAUAGAAAAAACACAUAAUUGCUAGGAAAAGAUGACAGGUACAGCUUAAACAUACCAUAAUUGUGAAAUGCCCUUUCAUUAACCUUACAUUACACGAAAGCAAAUGUCGAGUUUAAGGUCUUUCUUGACAAAUCUUUCUGUCAAAAUGAUUGAUCUUUUUCAAAUUAACUGAGCAUUUGCAUUUUAAUUUGAUUUAGUUCUGGUCGACCUGCAGUUUCCUAGAGAUGAAUUGCUUAAGUGUUUUACGUUCUGUGGGCACACAUCAAAUGGCGAUUUUAACAAUUAAAAUCAAUUUAAAUAGAAUUGGCAAGAAAGUUGUGCCUUUUCGAUCCUUUUUCCUUUUUAUUUGUUUUGUUAUUUCAUUUUUUCUAGAAUUUUUGAUAGUGUAGGGCCUGCUUUACGUUUGAAUUGAAUCGGAUUUUCUUGAAACAAACUAUUUCUGUGUAACUGUCAAAUGGCUUUGCCGGCUAAAAUAUAUAUUGUCUCCUGAAAUUUGAAUAACACGACGUUAUUCCUUCUUUUGCUUAUUUUUUUUUUAGUGAAACUUUGUUCACAAAAAUAGGGAAAUGUAACGAGGUCAAGAACUGAUGAAAAUUACUGUGACCGAGAACACCAGGAAAUGUGAGCUCUGGCGAAAAAAUUAAUUUCGAAUGAAUAUAGCUCCGGAUUUACUGAAUGGAUUGUUCCUAUGUAAUGAGAAGUAUCGUCCAACAACUAGCGGCCGGCGAGUACGUUUCCGGAGUGCUCAUUACUGAUUGGACCACAGGCCGCCCACACUCUGUGGAUAGCGUUUCAAUUUGAACUUUUUAAAGGAAAAUGAAAAAAGUUUCCUAUGAUCACUCGUGUUUGUGCUCGCUCAGUUUGUUCUCAAGAUAAUUUGGUCCUUCAAUAGAGUUGUUUAAGUAAACUGGUUACCGAAGAGAGUUUUUAAAGCUGACGUUCCAAGCGUUAACCCUUCGUCAGAGCAAAGGACGAGCAACUAUCAUUUUGGUGACAGUGACACUAAAACUGCUCACCAACAAAAAAUUGUGGAGAAGAAAUUAAUAAAAAGGAUCUAUGAUACUGGCCUUUCUCAAAGAGUCACGCGCAAUGUCAAACAUAGCUUUAAAAAAAGAUGAUCAUCAGUAACUCGGCGAGACGGAAAAUAACUGGAAGGACUGAAAAACGUACCAAAAUUUAAGCUUUUUUAGGGUCCUUAGGCAUGUAACUACUACUGCAUGCCCAGAAAUGUUAAUUCUUGCGUAACGUUCGGAUGCCAUAAGGUCGAGACCUCCUCCCCCAUAGAGCGCAACCGUGCGACACUCAUUAGCCUAUGUGCGACAAGGUUCGUCAAGUGUUUAAACAUGCAGCACACUUUUUGCACUAGUUUGUGUUCCUCUACAGAUUCCUUCACAAUAUUUUUGCUUUCUAGGAAAAGAUGGCCUAUUUGCCACUCAUUAUCCUUCUCACUGUCGCUUUAACCAUUGUGUACUUCGUCCAAACUGCUAGCGCUGCGGUUCAGUACUGUUCUUCAUCUGAGGCUCAACAGGAUGCGCAGAUAGCAAUGAAAAAAUGCAACAGCCAGAUCAAAUUCUGUUUCCUUCGCUACCAAGAUCGUAAUCCACAACUUCUGUAUUGUAAAGGAAUGUUGGUAAGAUUCAUCCUUUAAAAUAUGAUCAUAUCUCUGAGUUAUCACGCUCACUUUGAUUAAUCAAUUUACCAGGCCGUUGUCUAUUGGACAAAUUUUUCUUAAUCUUAGUUAUUUUCAUUUGCUAGUUUCUGGACGAGUCUUACGUCACAAAAACUGUUCACCAAUCUUUGGCCAUCUAACAGUUUACGUUUUUUAUUUUCCUUGAAUUGUGCCAACGUGAACUCGGAAAUGUUUCUGGGAUACGAUUUAGAGAAACCUUAUCUGUUCCCAGUUCCCUUUCAUGACUGGAGAUUCUCCCUGUUGAUUGGUCAUAAUACGAUAAAAAUUUGGGGCAUACUUUAGUUGUUCAUGGUUUUCAAAGUUCCCAUCCACACCAAAGCAUUCUCGUUCGAAACGGCACACUUUUUGAAGCGUCUUUGUCGUCUUUGUCCAUCAUCCACACUAAAACGCCUGUAAACGUUCAUGAGCAUGAAGCCCUUGGAAAACAGCCCCAGAAGAAGAGUGUCUUGAAAAUUGGUUUUUUUUCUUCUGUGGACAAAUGAAAACAAAGGCGUUUGAAGAUGCCUCACGUAAAGUCACCUCCAUCUGCGUUUUCAGAUGCUUUGGUGUGGUCGAUGGAUUAAAUGUACCAAACGAGAGUACAAGAAUACAAAUUAAAGUCCAGUAGUGUGAACAGUUAAGCAAUAUGAAGAGAGGGUGAGGAUAUUUUGAUUCAACACAACACACAACUGACUCAUUAUCUCCCCUGCUGCGUAUGCUGUAAACUAUCAAGGGAGUAAAUUUCUAAAGAAGCUGUGGUGCUGCGUCGGUGGGAGAGUAUAGCAGGUAAUUUAAUGUUAACAACUGAGUUAAAAACGUAAAUUGGCCACCGUAAAGAGUAAAAAGGCUGAUGUUUCGAGCGUUAGCCCUUAGUCAGAGCGAUUGGCAAGGGGCUAACGCUCGAAACGUCAGCCUUUUUACUCUUUACGGUGGCCAAUUUACGUUUUCAACUCAGUUGUUAACAUUAAAUUACCUGUAAACUAUCAGGCUUACGAAUCGGAUCAGAUGUACCCGAUAGAGGCUCUACCAUAGGCUUGAAACCCUUCCCUCGUCAUUGUGCUAUGAUCUGACAGAUAAUUAUUUCGAAAGGAAACUUCCUCUUUAAGGGCUUUUCCAUAGCAACCCUUUCCGCUCCAAGUUAGCCAUCUGAUUGUUUUUUUUUUGUUUCUGUUUUUUUUUUUACCUCCCGCAGAAAUUGCUGAAGUGUGCAUUCUCCGAGAACAAAAAAUUCAACGAGAAGUACACCGACUGUCGUAGUGAAGUUUUGGAUGAGUGGAUGUUUGUUGUUCUUCAGUACGUGUGUAUUGGCGAACAUCUGGGCAUAUGUAACGACUAUACUGAUAAACAAAUAGCUAAGAUGGAGAAAAUGACAGAUCUUUAUGGUAACUAAAUUACAGUCGAACCUCUAUUAAGCGGUCACCCGGGAAUGACAUUGUUCUAAACAAUGAGAGUAUUAUAAAAAAUUAUAAAAAUGCCAUGUUUUGCCGUAAUUAACCUUGUAAUUUACAAAAACUCGCUCAAAAAAUAUUACUAACAUUGAUUUUGGGAGAUACACAUGGAUUAACUUACUUGAAAGAUAAUUUUUAUUUUUACUUGAGUGAUUGUACUUCAACUGACCGUUCAAAACAGGUGGAGAACAAUGCAAACAGGCCGUUGAGUCUCAGUAAAGGGUAAACACGACCGCUUAUUAGAGGUGACCGCUUGAUAGUGGUUAAAACUACAGUAAUUAAGUGGAAACAAUUUUAGGACUUCGAAAACCGAUCGCUUAAUACAGGGUGACCGCUUAGAAUUCAACUGCAUCAUACCAUGGGAAACUAACGAUGCAAUCGAUUCUUCUGAAGUGGAAACUUGCAAAGGUCCUGCAUGACUAUCUUGAUUAUGUAUACCAAGAUAAUUGGGUUUUAUCAACUGAGUUGUUUAUGUAAAUUGGCCACCGUUAAGGGUUUCUAGAGAGAACUUUAUGGUGGCCAAUUAACAUCAUCAACUCAGUUGAUAUAAUCCAAUUAUUAUACAGAUACUGAUGAAAUACCAGGAUUUUUCCCUUUACUAAAAAAUCAUAUCUUCAUCAUGCGCAGUGAAGAUACUAUUUUUAUCUUUCACGUGUGGUGAUAUUGGUGCCGCCAUGGUUACUAACAUGAUUAGCCAAUUACAAGAGAGCUUCCCGCUCAGGCGCGCGGCCGGUUCUUUUGAAAUUUCAGCAGUAUAAAUAAAAUAAACAGAACAUGACAUAGCCGCUUGGGGAUACGAAUUUUAUCUUCAUGUGCUGAAAGUAUCUCUCACGGGUUCGCUUCGCUUACUCGUGAGAGAUACUUCCAGCACUCGAAGAUAAAAUUCAUAUCCCCAAGCGGCCAUGUAAUAUCCUCUACUUAAUCUUGUUUUAGAUAGAGUCGCGCCCAGUCCACCAACGCCGAUUCCUGGGUAGCUAUUCCCUGACAAUACCCUAGUUAGGUCCCAGUUAGAAGUACUUCUUCUCCUGUAAGAGAUGUCAGCGCAUCGUAGCGUUUCGUUAAAUAUUUUAACCCUUUACACCUUGACAUCAGUAUGCAUAUUCCCCAUACUUUCUUUAUACAUUUUUAAGGUUCUGAAAAGGAGAAUUUGUUUAUCAAUCUAGAGCUUCUUUACUAGUUGAUCAUUUCCUUUAUUCCUAUGACCUCAAAGUUUAUUCAGGGGUGAUCUUGUAUGGAGAAUUUAGACGCCAGUCAUUCUUAGCGGUUAAAGGGUUGAGUAGUUAAACCUUUAACUCCUAAGAGUGAUAAGCAUCUAAUUUCUCCCAACAAUAUCACCCCUAAAUCAAACAUUGAGUUCAGGAGAAUAAGGGAAAUGAUCGGAAACUCAAGAAGCUCUUGAUUGUUAGACAAGAUCUCCCUGCAAACGCCAUAGAAAAUGUAUAAAGAACAGUAUAGAGAUAUAUAUUGUAUACAGAUGUUGGGGUGGCACAGGAAAGUGUCAAGCCUGAGAACACAGCGCAGUGAUUGCAGGCCAUUAGAUCAUUUGUUGACUAUAUUUAAAUUUAUUUUGUUUAGAAAGCAAAGCACGGUACCAAGGUAGAGGCGUAUGCGGGAUGGAAGGUAACGUGAAAUUUUAACAUUCGCUUCUUUUCAGAAUUUUCUUUUCAUUUAUCAAGUUAAUUCGGUUGAAAUUUAUGAUAAUGACUCAAACCGACAUUCUGCGCCUAGUGGUUUCACUUGAGUUAUAGUAAUUAUUGACAACAUUUCUAUGAUCAAUGAGGUUGUGAUUGGCGGACAAAUGUAGUCGAUUUAUCAAACUGCAACUUCCCAAAGGAACCAUUUCAAGGAUCUGAAUUGGAGAGCAAUAAGAACGAGGUCGUGUCAGCCGAUUCUUUUGACUGAAAAUUUCUCCGUUCCAUAGAAUCAGCAUUGAUGUAUUUCUGGUCAUUUUAGUGUCUGAAAGUGGCAAUGAAACAGAAUGCGCUAAAAGAAUUCAUCGCCAAUGUCUCCGGAACUUAGUUGAAGACACAGAAGAAGAGGAUCCAGCACUAGACGUGAAGGCUUGUGCAGAUGAGGCGGAGAACCUUUGUGACGGUGUCAAUAACUUCCUGAGCUGCUAUUCAAAGCUGGUGCAGCUCCCACCAAAAAUUUGUGCUCAUCCGGUUCCGGAAAUCACCAGAAAAUUCAAUUCCCUCAUCCAAACUUUCAGUCACGAUCUGAUGUCAAAAUACACAGAAAAUAACGCGAUGGCGAAAGACAUGUGCUGUGUCCACGAAGAACUGUUGGAUGAAAACCCCAUGGAAAAUCCCUGUGGCGUCCGAAACGAUGAUGACUCUGAUUGAAGCGGGAGGUGUAGGUGGAGUUGGCGACACAGAAAAUCAGUUCGAACUCCUGCUAACCCUUUGCCAUCAAGAGCUGAUCCGUAAUCCUUCCUUUUUUUCUUCCAUGUGUAUUUCUUUGCAAAUUUAAAAUCUCAUCACAUGUUUACCUAAAAGUGUAUCAAUGUUGUAG